AUCAGAUUACUGAAUUGAGUUUGAGAAAGUUAAGAUAUGGUCAGUGGAUGAAGAAACACUUUAGAGUUAGAGACCUUCUACACUUCCAUUGCAAUGGUUUUGCACUCUUCUCUCUCACUCUCACUCUCUCUCUUCCCCUUUCUCAGUCCUAACAACAAUAACAUCCACCUUAUCCUCAACAACAACCUUAAUCAACACAAACACAAACACAAACGCAAACACUUGUCAUGUUGUGCUCUGAAACCCACUUCCCAAACUGAUACCUUCUUUAGAAGGGAUUUUGUUCUCUUUGGCCUCACUUCACUCUCUCUAACAUCCCCACUUUCUGUGACACUUGCUGAAGAAGAACCGAAAAUGGCUUCCUUUGAAGAUGAAUUAAAUGCCUAUUCUUAUCUCUACCCGGUUGAGUUGCCAUCUAAGAAAUUUGUCUUCAAAUGGGUAGAAUCACGAAAGCCCGAGCGAUACUCUUCAGCUGCGCCACUUUCUCCUGAUGCUCGCCUGCGCAUUGUAUCGGAACGUGUUGAUAUUAUUGAUAAUCUUAUCAUCUCUGUCACGAUAGGUCCCCCAAAUUCGAGCAUUAUAAAAACAACGGAUAAGAGUAAAUGGACUGCAAGAGAGGUUGCUGAUUCGGUUUUAUCUGACAAAUCUGCACUGCGAGUUACCUCUAGUCAGCGCUUAGCUGAGAGUUCAGUUCUUGAUACGCAUUCCGGGGAAAUUGAUGGAGAGCCUUAUUGGUAUUAUGAAUACCUUGUUCGCAAAUCACCAAUAAAAGUUACACCGGAUUCAAGUGUCUUUCGCCAUUAUCUUGCUUCAACAGCUGAAAGAGAUGGUUAUUUCUAUUCUAUCAGUGCUUCAACUCUUAGCCCACAGUGGGAAAAGAUGGGGCCUUUCCUUGAAAAAUCAGUGAGCUCGUUCCGCCUUCUAAAGCCAACCGAAAAUUAUGUUCCUCCUUAUAAAGAUCCUUGGAGAUUUUGGUGAAUAGAAGAAAAAAAAAAGAGAUCAAUUUUGUUGUAUUCUUGUAUUGAUUCUUUUGGGAUAUAAUUUAUGCAAGGAAGUUGAAAUCGCAUAUUGUAUUCUUUUGGGUUCGCUGAAAAAGGAAACAGAAAUUAUCAAAAAUGGAGUUAUGUAUGUAAUCACGCAACAAUUCCUUUCGUAACAUUGAAUUUGUACAAAAACUAACGAUGGAUGGAAUUGCUGGGCAAAAGAAUAACA